UAAUAUACGCAUUGCAUGGAAGCUGGCCGCCGCCCUCCUCGCAAAGAGCAAUCGUAUCCUCGGUUAAGAGAAAAAGCCAAAGGGCGGGAGCACGCGGCCUCAUCAUUUAUCGAUCAAUUUCUAGGGUUUCGUUUCUCUCUCUUAUCAUUCGUUAAUCAAAACCUCACAUUUCUCUUGGUAUCUGGACUGGAUGAUCUAAUGGAGUCAAAAGGUGGGAAGAAGAAGAUUAGUAGUAAAUCCUUGUUCUACGAAGCUCCCCUUGGUUACAGCAUUGAAGACAUUCGACCCAACGGAGGCAUCAAGAAGUUCAGAUCUGCCGCUUACUCCAACUGCGCUCGCAAACCAUCCUGAUAUCCUCAAGUAGGCUGCCUGCCACCACUUAAAGUGGUUUCUAUAAUAUAAUUGCCAUAGUUUUUAGUUGCUUCUUCAACCGAUCUCUUCCUCUUCCUCCCUCUCUCUGCGACUUCGAUUUCCUAACAACUGCAACAUCUUCAACUGUGAUUGCUGAAACACAUUUCUCUUGCAAGUUGCAACUGUCACUGCUUUUGACUGUGGUCUAUUUUGCAUCUUUGAAUACUUUGUCACUGUAAUAAUUUCUGGCGGUCAAUACGGCUAUGGCUGUCUCUGCAAUUGGUUUUGAAGGUUAUGAGAAGAGGCUAGAAAUAACAUUUUUUGAGCUUAGCAUAUUUGUUGAUCCUGAAGGAAAGGGCCUUCGAACUCUUUCCAAGGCUCAUUUGGACGAGAUUCUUGGACCAGCUGAGUGCACUAUUGUUGAUUCACUAUCAAAUGAUCAUGUCGACUCUUAUGUCCUUUCCGAGUCUAGCCUCUUUGUAUAUCCUUACAAGAUCAUCAUCAAAACCUGUGGGACUACGAAACUGCUUCUUGCAAUCCCGCCUAUCUUGAAGCUGGCUGAUGCCCUUUCUCUUGCUGUCAAAUCUGUGAGGUAUACUCGUGGGAGCUUCAUUUUCCCUGGAGCUCAGUCAUAUCCUCAUCGCAGUUUCUCUGAAGAAGUUUGUGUCCUGGAUAGUUAUUUUGGGAAGCUUGGUGCUGAAAGUAAGGCUUGUGUGAUGGGUGGGUAUGACAGCCCACAUAAAUGGCAUAUUUACUCUGCAUCUGCAGAUCCUGCAAUCUCUUGUGACCAUGUUUACACCAUAGAAAUGUGCAUGACUGGCUUGCACCGAGAAAAGGCUUCUGUAUUUUACAAAACCCAAUCAGCUUCUGCGUGUACUAUGACUAUCGAUUCUGGCAUAAGAAAGAUUCUUCCAGACUCUAAGAUAUGUGAUUUUGGUUUUGAUCCAUGUGGUUAUUCAAUGAAUAGUAUUGAAGGAGCUGCUAUUUCUACAAUCCAUGUUACUCCAGAAGAUGGUUUCAGCUAUGCGAGCUUCGAAACAGUAGGAUAUGAUCCAAAAGAAGUGAGUCUGAACAACUUGGUUGACAGGGUGUUGGUUUGUUUCCAGCCGAGCCAGUUCUCUAUUGCUGUACAUGCCGGUGUUGCAGGUGAACAACUAGUGCAGACUUGUUCACUCGACGUUAAGGGAUACUGUCGUGGAGAAAGGAGCCUUGAAGAGCUUGGAAUGGGGGGUUCCAUCGUCUACCGGACAUUUGUUAGGACUGGGGACUGUGGUUCUCCUAGGUCUACUCUAAAAUGCUGUUGGAAAGAGGAAGAAGAGGAAGAAGAGGAUUAGUUUCAAUAUUCUAUUUCUUUAUGUUUUGCAUCUAUAUUUAAAUAAAAUAAAUGCUUUCAGGCUAUGCCUUGCCUGAUGACAGCAAUGUCAGUAGUAUUGAUGUUAUCUUCGAUUUUAUUUGCAUUACAAGUCGUAGUCCUUAAGGCCUCAAAUGUGAGGGCAGCAGUAUUUUAAAUGUUUGGGCUUUUAUGCAGACUUGUUAUUUUUAGUGGAUUCAUUCUACGUGUUAA